AGUAAGGGGGGGUUUACCAAAGAGGUUACUCCGGGAAAUUGGAACCCUACGCGUCUCAAUUUAGUCCAUUAUCUGAGAGAGAGUGGGAGCAAGAGUUGCUUCCAACGCGAGCAGGAGCUGGGUCAGAUUUGCUGAAAGACAUAAGACGAUGGAAGCUGGACAGGGAAAAGCACGAUUUCUGAAACAAAGGCAAGUCUUAAUAUUCUUUGUUUUGCUGGGCAUUGCUUGGGCUGGUCCGCAGCCUACGCGAUAUUCAGUGGCUGAGGAGAUGGAGAGUGGCUCCUUUGUGGCAAAUUUGUUAAAUGACCUGGGGUUGGAUGCAGACGAACUAGCUGCACGGGGGGCAAGGGUCGUUUCCAAAGGGAAAAAAAUACGUUUGCAGUUAGAUGCGCGCUCUGGGGAUUUGUUGCUAAAUGAGAAACUGGACCGAGAGGAGCUGUGCAGCUCUACUGAGCCCUGUGUACUACCUUUCCAGGUGUUACUGGAAAACCCUCUGCAGUUUUUUCAGGCUGAGCUACGGAUUAGGGAUAUAAAUGAUCAUCCCCCAGUUUUCCUAGACAAAGAAAUCAUUUUGAAAAUUUCUGAGAGCAUUACUCCUGGAACUACUUUCUUAAUCGAACAUGCCCAAGACCUAGACGUAGGAAGCAAUGCUCUCAAAGGUUACAGAAUAAGCCCCAAUUCCUAUUUCCAUCUGGAGUUACAAGAAAAUCCCGAUGGCAUAAUAUUACCACAGCUUGUGCUGGACAAAGCUCUAGAUCGUGAGGAGCAGCCUGAGAUCAGAUUAACCCUCACUGCACUGGAUGGUGGGUCUCCAACCAGGUCUGGUACCGCCCUGGUGCGAAUAGAAAUCUUGGAUAUCAAUGAUAAUGCUCCUGAGUUUGCAAAGCAGUUUUAUGAAGUGCAGGUCCCAGAAAACAGUCCCAUUGGGUCUCAAGUAGCCAUUGUUUCUGCAAGAGAUUCGGACAUUGGGAUCUAUGGAGAAAUAUUUUAUGCAUUUUCCCAAGCUUCUGAAAACAUUCGCAAAACAUUUAUAAUAGAUGCAAAAUCAGGUGAACUUCUUUUAACACAGAAACUGGAUUUCGAAACAAUUCAGACUUACACAGUAAAUAUUCAGGCUACAGAUGGUGGAGGUCUUGCUGCAAAUUGUGUAGUGUUUGUUCAAGUUAUUGAUUUGAAUGACAACUCGCCGGAACUGACUAUGUCAACACUCAACAAUGAGAUUCCAGAAAACUUGGAGGAGACCAUAAUUGCCGUUUUCAGUGUCUCAGAUCCUGACUCAGGAGACAAUGGAAAGGUUGUUUGUUCUAUCCCAGAUGACUUUCCUUUCUUCCUUAAACCCUCAGUAGAGAAUUUUUACACUCUAGUCACAAAUGGACCCCUGGACCGAGAAGAGAGAGCCGAGUACACCAUCGUGAUCACGGUGAGCGACCUGGGCAGCCCGCGGCUGCAGAGCCAGCACCAGGUGACUGUGCGCGUGUCCGACGUGAACGACAACGCCCCCGCCUUCAGCCAGCGCGCCUACACCCUGCGCGUGCGCGAGAACAACAGCCCCGGGCUGGCGCUGGGCAGCGUGCGCGCCUGGGACGCGGACGAGGGCGCCAACGCGCAGCUCAGCUACUCGCUGCUGCCAUCGCCCUCGGCCCCGGCCUCGCCCUCGGCCUCGGCCUCGACCGGCCGCCCGCAGCAGCCGGCCCCGGGCGCGCUGGUGUCCAUCGACGCCGACAGCGGGCAGCUGUUCGCGCUGCGCGCCCUGGACUUCGAGGCGCUGCAGGCCUUCGAGUUCCUGGUGGGCGCCACGGACCGCGGGUCGCCGGCGCUGAGCAGCCAGGCGCGGGUGCGCGUGCUGGUGCUGGACGCCAACGACAACGCGCCCUUCGUGCUGCACCCGCUGCAGAACGGCUCCGCGCCCUGCACCGAGCUGCUGCCGCGCGCGGCCGGCGCGGGCUACCUGGUGAGCAAGGUGGUGGCGGUGGACGGCGACGCGGGCCAGAACGCCUGGCUGUCGUUCCAGCUGCUCAAGGCCACGGAGCCCGGGCUGUUCGGCGUGUGGGCGCACAGCGGCGAGGUGCGCACGGCGCGGGCGCUGAGCGAGCGCGACGCGCCGCGACACCGGCUGGUGGUGCUGGUGCGGGACAAUGGCGACCCGCCGCUGUCGGCCAGCGUCACGCUGCACGUGCUGCUGGUCGAUGGCUUCUCGCAGCCCUACCUGCCGCUGCCCGCCGCGCCCGACGCCGCCGCCGCCGCCGCGGGUGCCGCCGCCGCCGGAGCGCGGCCCGAGCGCCUGACCGUCUACCUGGUGGUGGCCUUGGCCGCCGUGUCGUCGCUCUUCCUGUGCUCGCUGCUGGCCUUCGUGGCCGCGCGCCUGUGCCGGCGGGCCGGGCAGGCUGAGGCGGUGGCGGCGGGGGCGCUGGCGGGGCCCGAGGGACACUUUCCGGGACACCUGCUGGACGCGGGCGGCGCGGGGACCCUGUCGCACAGCUACCAGUAUGAGGUGUGUCUCGCGGGGGGCACCGGGACUAAUGAGUUUAAGUUUCUGAAGCCCAUUCUCCCCAAUUUCCUGGACCAGGGUGAGGAGAGGGUUGAUGAGGCAAAGCCCAGUUGUAGGAAUAGCUAUGAAUUCAGUUGAUUAGUAGGAGGAUCUACUGAGCCUAGUCUCAGUUACUCUGUGGAAAAAUUUUUUUAUUGCUGUGUUCAUCGGGAAUACUCCUUUUAUCAGACAUACAUCAAUUCAAUGUAUGUUACAAUGUUUCUGAAUAUGUUGCUUUGUUUUAUGAAUGCUAAUUUUCUUUGUACGUUAAAAUAUCCUAAUUUUUUAGAUAGAGAC